GCGAUGCUGAAGAAGCGAGGCGAGGAUCGGAGCCGCGAACACGAGCAGCAAUGACGUGACGCGUGGACGGUGCCGUGUGGUGGGGCUCGAACACGGAGCACCAGCGGAUGUGUGGCCCCGGACCGUGACGGUGAGCCGCGGGGAGGGAGGUGGGGGUAGGACGGACCGAGGCACCGGAGCGUCGCCAGCCUCCCGAUGACCACGUUCUCCAACCGGAGGCUCCGAAAAAUGCCGGCUCCUGAUUGGCUGUAAGGUGUCCCUUAACGCCGCCGGCACCAUGAACGUGGGCACGGCGCACAGCGAGGUGAACCCCAACACCCGGGUGAUGAACAGCAGGGGCAUGUGGCUGUCCUACAUCCUGGGCAUCGGCCUCCUGCACAUCAUCCUGCUCAGCAUCCCCUUCGCCAGCGUGCCCGUGGUCUGGACCCUCACCAACCUCAUCCACAAUGUGUGCAUGUACCUGCUCCUGCACACGGUCAAGGGGACGCCCUUCGAGACCCCCGACCAGGGCAAGGCGCGCCUCCUCACGCACUGGGAGCAGAUGGACUACGGUGUCCAGUUUACCGCGUCGCGCAAGUUCCUCACCAUCACACCCAUUGUGCUGUAUAUUCUCACCAGCUUCUACACCAAAUACGACCGGGUCCAUUUUGUGGUCAACACUGUCUCCCUGCUCACGGUGCUCAUCCCCAAGCUGCCGCAGCUCCACGGCGUGAGGAUCUUUGGGAUUAAUAAGUACUGACAAGGCAGAAGAGGACACCUCCUUCCUCGAGUCCCCAGGGACCUGCUGAGAGCACGCAGAGGAUCAGGCCUCUGAUUUGGCUGCAGAUCCACAAGGAUCUGUUGCUCUUUGGCUCCGGACUCUGCCUGCCGACUCUAAAUGAAGCCCGCUGGGACGCUGCCAUGGCUCCAAACCCCGGGAAAGAGACGAGGUUCUUUACAGAGAGAGGAGAAAGGGAAAGUGUACUGUUGAGGCCUGAUGCCUUUUUACAAGUUUUCCACAGACACUAAAAAAGCAUUUAUAAAGAGGAAUUACAUUAUAUAUUAUAUCAUGUUUGUGUAGAGAUGGCAGUUUUGAGAAGUAAGAGGUUUGUGUGGCAGAGCGCCUGCAGUCUGCAGAGUCGUCUGGUCUGAGAGCAGAAGAUCGAGAGCUCUGCGCUGAUCCGACCUAACCAAAGAUUCUGCCGUCUGAGGGAGGGGUCAGUUUUCCUGUCAUUACUUUGCUCAUAGUUAGAGUUUAAUAUUGGGACACAUGCCAACAGCUGCUCUGUGAAAGCACUCAGGUCCCAUUUCAUCGACAUGAUCGUGGUAUUUCUGCAUUUAAAUGAUAAGUUACCAGUUUAUUAGGUACACACGAGCAGUCGUAAGUACUGUGUAGCUGUGAAUCAUGAAAGGUUCAAGUGUUUUUAAUAUUGUCUUCAUCCCUGUUUAGGAUCAAAUAUUUGAAGUAGCUCUUAAAAAUUAAAUAUUGUCAAUAGCCUUCAUGAACAAUUUUAAAUGGACAAUUUAAAGCUGCAUCAAUCUACUUUUUAGCCACUAGGGGGCACUAAGCUCUCAGUAAAGCUUUGAACCACAGAACCUAAAGAUGGAUGACAUGACAGUGAAGCCAAAGCAUCUAGAUCGCCUGGUGGCUGGCAGCAGUAUUACACAUAAAAUAUAGUUUUUAUUAAAGGUAUUACAAACGCCACCUCCUCCAUGUAAGUGAAGGGGACAUGAACCAAACUAAAAAGUUAAAUUCACAUCAAAUCAUUUUUAUCCAGGAUAGUUUCUGUUUUUGGUUCUUAUCACAUUGAUGUUGAAUGUUGAGAGUGAAUUCACUUUUUCUCAAAACUUUAUCGUUUAAGAACAAAUCUAAAUACAAAAUCCAUUUUUCCAGUCGAAUAAAUUGAUAUUAUUCUUAAUCGUACUGGACGGCCGAAGUGUCUAUGAACCAUUUCCUCCUGAUAAGUCUCCUCUUGAAUAGUUCUAUAAUGUGAAGUAAUGAUUUUAACAUGUAGGAUGUCACUCGCUGGUUUAAAACGGUUUUGAUUGUAUUUAGUCAAAGAGUCAAAUCUCCAGAUAAACACAUGAAUCCAUCUUUACUUGAAUGUUUCCAGAUUCAUUCUUACGUUCCGGUUUCUGUUUUAAAAUGAGAUCUCUAUGGAAGGACUGAAUUUCUUAUUCUUUUGCUCGAUGAACCACAUGAAACAUGUUUACUGACGUUUACCUGAACAGUGUUGACCACACGUUUCUAUCUCAGACACACAAACAUGAAUAAAGACACAACACUAGUUUCUGCUUCUACAGUUUUAAUACGACUUAUUACUGAAACAAAACCGUUGCAUUGAGUUGUUUCUUUCUGCAGACUGGCGUGUUGAAUUAGUGUCAUUUACAGUCGAGGACCAAAGAUCCAGACAAUUGAGAAGUUGUAAAGUAUCUCUUCUGCAGCAUUUAUUUCUCCAUCAGGAUGUUUUCAAAUGUCAUGAUCAGCAUUAAGGGCUUUGAUAUGAGACGUUGUAGCUCAAAGUGACCAUCAGUUUUUCUUUUUUACUGGAUUAUUCAAGACAACAGCUGCAGAAGAACGGUUGAACUGAACGUGGAUUAAAUGUGAAGCUCUGCUCGUGGUUUCUGUUCGUUGGUACCUGAAGGAAAUGUCAUUGUGAUGUUCUGUAAAGAGUGUGCGUCCCCAAAAUACAGUAUUUUUUAAGUAUCA